AUGGGUCAACAGUUGUUCAAAGUUCAUUUCGAUAUAGUUGAUAAUACAGUAGAUAAUUCGGAAAUAAUUUCAUCGGAUCCUAUUAAAGAUGAUAUUAGAUUUUUUUUUCCUUUAAAAUUUUCUUCUGAUUCAAUAAACAAUCAAACUGAACUGAACAAUGAUCAACAGAUUUCAAAGUCUCAAAUAGAAUACAUAAAACAAAUUCAAAAUUCUCUAUUUCGACUGACAAAGUCAGUUCAUUGGGGAAAAAUCAAUACUGAAAUAAAUGAGAUACUUAUGAACAAUAUUUUUACAUCAAUUAUUGAACAGAAUAAAAAAAUAAUGAAAGAAAUUGAAAAUCAUUUGGUAUACAAACAACAUCUUCAAACAUCUUUAAUAAACAAACUUAAAGAAGAAAAUGAUGCCAAUCUAUCAAUUUUUGAACAACCAUUUAUUGAUGCUUCUUCUGAGAACAACGACAAUAGUGAUAAUCAAGAGGAAAAAACUAAAUACCAACCGGAACAAUUAUCAUAUUUUGCUAUUGAAUCAUUAACAUCGAUCUUAUUAAUUUUAAUUCAAUCAGUUGAAAAAAAUGAUCCGAUAAUUAUACAUAAAAUACUAACAUUAAUAAGUCGAUUAUGUGAACAACUUCCAAUGAAAUGUUUAUCUACUACAAAUAAUUUCUUAUUCAAAUCAUUAGAACCAUUAAUAUAUUACAUCCAUGAAUUAUCUUUAACAACAGAUCCAAUUAUUACAAAACAAGCAAUAAAAAUUCAACUUAAUUUUUCUAUUGCAAAAGGAUCUUUUAAAGAUAUUUUAUCUUUAUUAAAGAAACUAAUAUUCAAUACAACUGAUAUUUAUAAUGUACAAACUUUAUUCCUACAAUUGAAUAAGGGUUUAACUGAGACUAUCAAUAAAUGGGAAAAACAAAAAAAACAAUUAACUAAUGAAGAAAAAAUUGAUUCCAAUUCAGAGCAAGAUGAUAAUACAAUAUCUAAAGAAUUAACAGGACAACUUUGA